CUUCACCAGCUCCUCAUUUCCCCAACUCUCCCCUCUUUGUUCCCCAAAUCCCCUCGAUACAAAGCUAUAAAAUCAUCAUUUGUUCAUAUAAAAGAUCCAUUUUUUUAAAUUUUCACCGCCUUUUUUCCAACCCCUUUUGUUUAAUUUCACCAAUUCGUUUCCAAUCUUCGUAUUGAUCUCACCGAUUCGGUUCAAGAUCCACGAAACCCUAAUUCAGAUUUCGCUUAAUUAAGGGAUUAAUGGCUGAUCAAGUGUUGGAGGGUGGGAGUCAACCGGUUGAUCUGUCUAAACAUCCUUCUGGAAUUGUUCCUACUCUUCAGAACAUUGUAUCGACGGUCAAUCUAGAUUGCAAACUAGACCUUAAAGCAAUUGCUCUACAAGCACGUAAUGCAGAAUAUAAUCCCAAGCGUUUUGCUGCUGUGAUUAUGAGGAUAAGAGAGCCUAAAACAACUGCACUGAUCUUUGCUUCUGGGAAGAUGGUUUGUACAGGAGCAAAGAGUGAACAACAAUCAAAACUGGCGGCACGAAAGUAUGCUCGGAUUAUUCAAAAACUUGGGUUCCCAGCAAAGUUCAAGGACUUUAAAAUACAAAAUAUUGUCGGCUCAUGUGAUGUGAAAUUCCCUAUUAGACUUGAAGGCCUUGCAUACUCUCACGGUGCUUUUUCAAGCUAUGAACCAGAGCUGUUCCCGGGAUUGAUUUACAGGAUGAAACAACCGAAAAUCGUUCUGCUGAUUUUCGUUUCAGGGAAAAUUGUCUUAACAGGAGCGAAGGUUAGAGAUGAGACUUACACCGCGUUUGAGAAUAUAUAUCCGGUGUUAACUGAAUUCAGGAAGAAUCAGCAGUGAUUUGGGACUCAUGGUUUUGAUGAUAAUGUUAUGGGUGAAAAUGGGGAAAAGGGCUCAAGUUGACUUGUGAGGGUUUGACAAGCAAUGUGAUUUUGACUUUGCCUUCAUGAAGGCAAUUGUAGUGUAAAUACAUGGUGGAAAUGGAAACUGUCAUAGUUGUAAUCAUCAUAAUGAGAUAUUGUCAAGAUUUUAUGAUCCAAAGCACAACUUUUCUAUUAUUUUAUACAUUUUAACGUUUUUAAUA